ACUCAGGCGAAACUUCUCAUCCACCAAGCUUCUUCCUACAUUGCAGUCAUGUCGCUUCUUACCAUGGGCCAAGAACACAGAGGAACUAGGGCAAACAUUGCCUCAUUCGUAAGUUUUUCUUGAACAUUGCCUCUUUCGUAUGUUUGUAAUUAGUUUUUUAAAAGUCCAAUAUAAUGAUUUUUUAUAUUGUUUGUUUUUAAAGGAUCCCAAGAAAUUUCGUCAACGUUCACACCCAAUGCCUUAUCCAGACCCAUGGUGCGUACCUUACAUAGAGCGUGCGGGUUUCGGUCAUGUAAUGCAUGUCGUAAAUGCCACCAUUGAUGCCAAAUUCAUUUUGGCUCUGUGUGAACGUUGGAGACCUGAGACACACACCUUUCACCUACCAACUGGUGAAUGUACCGUCACAUUAGAGGACGUGUACAUGCUUUUAGGUCUUAGAAUAGAUGGUAAGCCUGUGACCGGAAAUGUUCAACAGCCUAACCAAAUAUGUGUUCAAAUGUUGGGGGUAGAUCUGGUCGAGGGUGAGGGGUCUGCCAAAGCAAGGGGUCAGGGUAUUAAAUUAUCUAGCCUACAGUUGUACCACGACUCCAUAACUUUGACUGAGGAAUCCUCCGAACAAGAAAAAGUCAUAAAAACCCGGGUUUACAUUAUGCUAUUGUUUGGGAACUUGCUAUUUCCCGAAGGGACGGGAAAUAGCAUAAAUUUUAUGUACUUGAGUUUGCUCGGGGACAUUGAUAGAAUAAGCACAUAUAGUUGGGGUUCUGCAGUAUUAGCAUUCCUAUAUAGCUCUUUGUGUAAAAAUGCACAAAAUGAGCACUGUACAUUUUCUGGAUGUGCUUUUUUGCUUCAAACAUGGGGGUGGUGGAGAUUGCCGAGGCUAGCCCCAGAAAAUCCUAAUGACUACUCCUUCCCCUACGCAACUAGGUUCAUUACAACCGGACUGGAUUACAGUCUUACCCCCAAAAAUAAAAUUAUAUUUUAUCGUCAACUGUUGGAUCGUCUCCGAGCACAGGAUGUAUUACCACUAAAUCACUCAACUUCUAACUGAUUUAUUAAUGUCAUGCAUUCUCGAUAAAUAACAUAUUUACUUUUUUCUUUGCAGUUUAUUU